AUGAGCAAGAAUGAUCUUAGUGGCACAUGGCCUUUGUGUCUAGCAAAUUUAAUAUCCAUAUAUACACUAGAUCUUUCCCAAAUCCCAAUUUCACUACUACCAUUCUUCAACCAUUCAAAGCUCAAGUACUUGAAUUGUCGUGAGAAUGAAAUACAUACAGAUAUAGAUGUGCCCAAUUUGACACCAAAAUUUCAAUUAGAGACGCUAUAUUUGUCAGGUCAAAGAGAAGGUGGAGUUUUUCCCAAGUUCCUCUACUAUCAACGCAUAAUACCCCAGGACUUGACUGUAGAAUGCAUUUCAUUAUCUGGGCUCAUUCUUUCAAACAACAAUUUGCAAGGCCAAAUCUUCCCAAGACAGGCUAAUUGCAAAGAAUUGCGUCUAUUACGGUUGGAUGGCAAUCAAUUCAUUGGAAGUGUCCCAUAUAGCAUACUUAAUUGCACUGGGUUGCAAGUGUUGGACGUGAGAGAUAAUCAUCGCACUGGUAGUAUUCCUAGUUGGAUAAGGAAUGUAACUUUUCUUCAAGUCUUUGGUCUGUCAAAGAAUAAUCUCUUUGGAAAACUACCAUCUAGCUUUGGCCCUCUAAAGAUUAUUUCCAUAUAUCUAUCAAAAAAUAGGAUGGAAGGAUCAUCCAUGAAUGCAUUUUACAAUUGUUCUGAAUCAAUGACACUGGAUCUUAGUGACAACUAUUUCACUAGAAGGAUUCCAAAAUGGACUGGCAAGCUUCCACAAUUGAGAUUUCUUCUUUUGGGUAAUAAUAAUCUUGAAGGUGAAAUGCCAAUUCAGCAAAUUGAGAGCUUGGAUCUUUCCUACAACAACUUGAAUGGCAACAUUCCUCAGCUUACUCAACUAAAUUUUCUAACUGUCUUUAGUGUAGCACACAACAACUUAUCUGGCAACACACCUGAGAUAGUUGCACAAUUUGCGACAUUCGACAAAAGUAGCUAUGAGGAAAACCCUUUCCUCUGUGGACCUCCACUAUCCAAAAGUUGCUUUUCUUCAUCAAUAAUGCCAAGAGUUUCAAAGGAGGAUAAAAAAGAUCAUAAGAGAGAUGGUGGCUUUAUGGACAUGGAUGCUUUCUAUAUGAGUUUUCUGAUUUCCUAUGCCAUAGAGUUGUUGACCAUAGCUGCUGUUUUGUACAUAAAUCCAUAUUGGUGA